ACAACACAAAAUUCAUCAAACGCCGCUGGUUUCAAGAAGAUCGGCUCCGGUUUUCUGGCAGGUUUGAGUCAUAUUAGACUAAGUUGCAAUGACGCGUUUUAUCGAGUUAGGUGUUCAACGACUAAUUAAACGAGAGCAGCGUUUUCAGCAUGGUGCUUUUUAAGACUAUUUCGGUGCUAUCAGUCCCAUUGUCCGGUGGAAAAUACGAUUAAAGUUAUGAUUCGUGAAAAUGUUAAAUCGGUGGAAAAUAAUGCAGCCGUUUUUGGCUCACUUCGUAAUGCAAAUCUUAGUGGAGAAUUUCUCCUAAACUGGAGUUUUGAACUCUACCUAUGAAUCUUAAAAAAAAAAAAAAAAAAAAAAACUGAUCGCAAGCGUCUGGCCUUCUCCAUCAUCCGCUACCUCCACGAGCAGCCGCAGUCAGCCAUUCCAAGGCCAGACGAUUUAAAAGAAAACACUUUAAGGCCGGCCGAUGUUUGACAGAGAAAAAAGAAAUGCAAUUAAUCAGGCCGAGUAAUAAAGCCACUUGUCUUAUUACUACCCCUUCGCACUUACAAGAAAGAUACGAAUUCCAGGCAGAUCAUUUGACUGUUUGCCAAGACAUUUCAAUUUCAAUUAGGGAGAGAGGACGUUUCCUCCUCCCAAAAAAAGAAAGCAACAAAGCCUGAAGUGACAAAUUUCUCCUUAGAUUCCGGCCAUCCAUAGAGUUUUUCAACCCGAUGUGCCUCUUAGAUGGAGACGAUUCGAUGCGUAUGACGAGGAGCAAUAUGAUUCUCAGAUGCCGUGACAGUCCGUGCCGCCAUGACGGACAGCAAGCGUCUGGCCUUCUCCAUCAUCCGCUACCUCCACGAGCAGCUGCAGUCAGGCAAUCUAUCGUCUGGAGCGCAGGAGAGCCUGGAAGUGGCCGUCCAAUGUUUGGAGACGGCCUUUGAAGUGUCCGCGGACGACCGGAGCCUCGACGUCCCGCUGGCGUUACCAGAGAUCUUCGCCUCUGCCACUCGCCAGACAUCGUCGCGGGAGAACAACAAUGACACCACUAUUGGCGAAGGGCAGCGAGGCGAAGCCGAGCGACUCAAGGCAGACGGUAACGACCAAAUGAAGGUGGACAACUACGCCGCCGCCGUGGAGUUUUAUUCCAAAGCCAUUGCGCUCAACCCGCACAGCGCCGUCUACUACUGCAACAGAGCGGCGGCAUUGAGCAAGCAGGGGAAUUACGCGGAGGCGGUGCAGGACUGCGAGCGGGCCAUUGGCAUCGACCCAAACUACAGCAAAGCUUAUGGCAGGAUGGGGUUGGCGUUGGCAAGCCUCAACAAGCACUCCGAGGCGGUCACGUUUUACAAGAAAGCUCUGGAACUUGAUCCGGACAACGACACCUACAAGUCCAACCUGAAGAUCGCCGAGGAAAAGAUGGGUGCCACCAGUCCCGCAAACAUUGCAGAAAUGGGCGGAGUGGACCUUGCCGGACUGCUCAGCAAUCCCGGUUUCAUGAACAUGGCGUCGUCGCUGAUGACCAACCCACAGGUCCAGCAGAUGAUGUCGGGAAUGAUGCCGGGAGCGUACGGCGCAGGUGGCGGCGCGGCGGGAGGAGGUGGUGGAAUCCCGGGAGGAGCUCCUGGUCCGGCGCCAGUCGGAGAUCUAUCAGGACUCAUCCAGGCCGGUCUGCAGUUUGCUCACCAGAUGCAGCAACAAAAUCCAGAACUCAUUGAGCAGCUCAGGAGUCAAAUACGCAAUCGCACGCCGAGCGCCGGGAACGAGGAGCAGCCUUGACGCCUGCACUCGGUAGCUUCGCCCGUCAAAGCAGGCCGCGUAAGAGCAGAGGAGCCGGCGUUGACUUUUUCGCUGAGUGUGGGACGAUUGUUGCAACGGAAAGGGAGUCAAAUUGGUCAGCCGACGAUUCGCGCAUGAGAGGAGCCUUCACGCUUUCGCCUAGCACGCCUUCUCAGGGAAGGCCCUCCCACUUCCUGACCACCACGUUGUGUGUGCGCGUGCGUGCCGAGCCUGGUCAUCGAGGCGGAACAAUUAAAUGGAUUGACGUA